GAGUACAAGUGCCGCGACGGGUCCUCCCCUGAGGUGCACUACAAGGUCAUCUCCGGGGUGGUGGGCGCCGCCUCCUCCGUCACCUCCAUCCAGGUGGCCAACCUCCUCCGUCUCUUUAGGAUUCCUCAGGUGAGCUUUUUCUCCACGUCGCCGGAGCUGAGCAACAAGCAGCGCUUCGAGUACUUUUCGCGCACCAUACCUUCCGAUCACUACCAGGUGAAGGCAAUGGUGGAGAUCGUGAAGAAGCUCAGCUGGUCCUACAUCUCCAUCAUAUACGAGGAAUCCAACUACGGCAUCAAGGCCUUUGAGGAGCUGGAAGGUCUGCUGGUCCAAAACAAUAUCUGCAUCGCCGUCAAGGAGAAGCUGGUGAAGGACUCGGGGGUGGCGGAAGAAGGCGCCUAUGAUCACAUCGUACAGCGCCUUCUACAGAAAUACCACGCCAAGGGCGUGAUCAUUUUUGGCUCAGACCAGGAGGUGGCCGGGGUGAUGCGUGCCGUAAGGAGGAACAACGCCACGGGGAGCUUCUCCUGGAUAGGCUCUGAUGGAUGGUCGGCGCGAUCCCUCGUGUCCUCAGGAAACGAGGCGGAGGUGGAGGGGACCCUGUCAGUGCAGCCGCAAGCCAAUCCAGUGGGCGGCUUCGACGACUACUUCUUGGGCCUAACUGUAGAGAAAAACAAGAGGAAUCCCUGGUUUGUGGAAUACUGGGAAAACCACUUUGGCUGCCGAUACCCCAACUCUUCCCUCACGCCGUACAACGCAGCCACCACCAGGGAGUGCACGGGGGCGGAGCAGCUGACAGCCAAGAACACACAGUUCGAGGCGCAGCUGCAGUUUGUGUCAGACGCUGUGAUGGCCUUUGCGUACGCCUUCAGGGACAUGCACCGGGACCUGUGUGAGGGUCGUGGUUUAUGUCCCGCUAUGAACCCUACUGACGGGGAGAAGCUCCUUUCUUACCUACGGAAAGUGACGUUCACAGGCCUGAGCGGCGACAGGUUCAAGUUCGAUGACAACGGUGACGGGCCUGCGCGCUACAACAUCAUUCACUUCAAGCAAGUGUCGCAGGGCCGCUACACCUGGACCACUGUCGGCACCUUCAUCGAGGGCAAACUGAGGCUCAACAUGUCCGAGCUGCAGUUCAAGUUGGAGGAGCAGCAGCCGCCCUCCAGCGUGUGCUCGCUGCCUUGCCUCACGGGACAGGCCAAGAAGUACGUGGAGGGGGAGUCCUGCUGCUGGCACUGCUUCAACUGCUCUACUUACCAGAUCGUGAACCCGCGGGACGAGACGCAGUGCCUCAACUGUGCAUGGGGGGCGCUGCCUGACGCCGACCAUCUGCGGUGUAACCCUAUUCCGGAGGUGUACAUCCGGCCAGACUCGUGGUGGGCGAUAGGCGCAAUGGCAUUCUCCUCCGCGGGCGUAGUGGUGACGGGCAUGGUGGUGUGGGUGUUCAUCAGGCACCACGACACGCCCGUGGUGAGAGCCUCGGGAAGGGAGCUGUCCUUCGUGCUGCUCUCCGGGGUGUUCCUCUGCUAUGCCAUCACCUUCGUCUUGGUACUCAAGCCCUCCACAGUGGUCUGCACCGUUCAGAGGUUUGGUCUUGGCUUCUGCUUCGCCGUAAUCUACAGCGCCCUGCUCACCAAGACCAACAGAAUUGCCAGAAUCUUUAACGCAGGAAAAAAGACAACCAAAAGACCCUCACUAAUCUCCCCUCGCUCACAGCUGUGCAUCUGCUCUUGUGGCAUCUCCGUGCAGGUGGUGGUGACGAGCGUGUGGUGUGUGGUCAGCCCGCCCCGCGCCGUUCAUCAUUAUCUGUUGAGGGAGGACAACUUUCUGGUGUGUGCUGCCUCCAUCAACGCCUCCUACGUGAUUGCCUUCGCCUACCCAAUCGGCCUCAUUAUUGUGUGUACUGUGUAUGCUGUGCUCACCCGCAAGAUCCCAGAGGCUUUCAACGAGAGUAAGCACAUUGGGCUCACCAUGUACACCACCUGCAUUAUCUGGCUCGCCUUCGUACCCAUCUACUUCACCACCGCAAACAGUGUAGAGCUGCGUUUCACCGUCACCUCCGUCACCGUCUCCCUGUCGGCCACGGUAGCGCUGGUGUGUCUCUUUACACCCAAGCUGUACAUCAUUCUGCUUCACCCGGAGAGGAACAUCAGGCAGUCCAUGAUGGCCAAGUACUCCACCGUCAGGAGCACCCUGUCUUCCUCCUCCCAGCGCAUCGACUCCGCUACCCAGAGCGAAGUGUUCCCGCUGGACUAUGAGCUACACGAGAAACUGAGGACAAUGAGUAGAGGACAGCUCAGUAGCUCCGCGCAAACUUGCCCAGCCUCCUGUCCCCUCCCGGAACACAGGUGUGGCCCCGCCUUCACCCUCACCCCCUCCGUCGCAAUCCCCGCCUUCAAUGGUCCUGUACAGGAUGUUCCGGACGUGUUGCUCUAGGAGGGACGCCAGGUAGUGUGGUCUGCAGACUGCUGCUUCUUCAGGCUCUGCCGGGUAGACGUAUUGACGUGGUAGUGGCGCCGCCAUACCUCUAUAUCGACGACAGAACUCUGCUGGUGAACACGAAGUACGAAACAUUAUUCAAGUCCAUACCGACAACUGCAGCAACUCCUUCUAAGGACGCCUGGGACUCUUGCUGUUCCGCGCUGAAUCACUUAGUGGAGUGACACUUCUUGUGAUGGUUUCCAUUACUCGAUUCUUCCAGGACCUACGUAAGCACACGUCAACAGGGUCUUGGACCGUAUGUGCACCAUCUUGAGUAUCAAGUCGGUGCAGGAAGUCAGGAUGCCUCCUACACACCUUAAUCAAAGGAGAACUGCACAACAGCUCUCCUGGAUUAAAAAAAAAAUAAAAUAAAUAAAAUAAAAAAUAAAAAAAAAUCCUAAGGGUUAUGGGGCCAUUGAUGGUAAGAUUAACAAUGUAUUUCCUCUAAAAAAAAUUGUGCUAUUUUUAUAUUUUAUCAAUUCAUUGAUUUCUCCUUUGAGUGAAAGGUAUCUGAUAGCAGGCUGUGACUGCCCCCUGUGUUGUGAGACACAAAGGGAAACGUUCAGUGAGGUCACAGCUGGGUUUAAUGAUAAGUUCACAGCACCCCCUGAACAGUGCUUUACUGGGAGUAAUUAUCGUUUCGGCAGUAGUGGUAGUAGUAGUGUUAGUAUUAGUAUUAGUAUAGCUAUUAUAAUCAUUACUGCUGUUGUUGUUUGGGUACUAUUACUCUGAUUUUCUUUAAACUUAUAUACUAUAAUAGACUUACGUAAAUAACUGAAACAUGUAAAUAGUUCGUCGGCCUUCAGAAAAGCCUUUACAUAUAACAACAUCCAAUAUAAGUCUUUAGAGAGGAAACGCUGAAUGGAGAAAUGGCUUACUACAUUCGCAUGUAUAUCAAACUUGUAUCCUACUA